AUGAGGCUUCAGUCAGCCAAGGCGAUAUGGGACUAUUUGAAGACUGAGUAUGAAGGAGAUGAGAAGAUUAGAGGUAUGAAGGUUCUCAACCUUAUGAGAGAGUUCGAGAGGUUGCAAAUGAAUGAGAGUGAAACAGCGAAACAAUUUGCAGAUAAGCUUGUGGAAAUAGCAAAUAAAAUAUUGGUGUUAGGGACUGACUUAAGUGAAGCAAGGCUGGUGCAAAAGUUGCUAGUUUCAGUACCAGAAAGAUAUGAAGCAACCAUUGCUUCGCUGGAGAAUACAAAGGAAUUGUCAGAUCUGAAGUUUGCCGAAGUUCUAAGUGCUUUACAAGCACCAGAACAUAGGAGAAUGAUGAGGAUAGAAGAGCCAGUAGAGGGUGCAUUGCAAGCCAAAGUGAAGCAAGGAAAUCUUGCAAACAACCAAGGGAGCACAAGUUCAGAUGCUGGAGAUGGCUAG